ACAUAUUCUUCAUCUUCUUAGUUUUUCUUCUUCACGAGGUCAACAACAAUUAAUGGAGGAUACUCAAGGAAGAAUCAAACUAAGAGAUGGUAGAUACUUGGCCUACAAGGAAAGAGGUGUCCCCAAGGAUGAUGCAAAGUUCACCAUCGUUCUUGCUCAUGGAUUUGGUAGCUCCAAAGAUAUGAUUUUCAAUGUCUCACAAGAGCUUGUGAAUGAAAUUGGGAUAUACUUUGUGCUAUACGAUCGAGCGGGUUACGGAGAGAGUGACCCGAAUCCGAAACGUUCGUUGAAGAGUGAAGCCUACGAUGUUCAAGAACUGGCGGAUCGGUUAGAGAUCGGAUCAAGGUUUUAUCUCAUUGGAAUCUCAAUGGGUUCAUACACUGUUUGGAGUUGCCUUAAACAUAUUCCUCAAAGGUUAGCAGGAGUGGCAAUGGUGGCUCCGGUGGUGAAUUACCGGUGGCCGUCGAUUCCAAAGAGUCUGAUGCAAAAUGACUACAGAAGAGAAGUGGCGAAAUGGUCCGUUUGGGUCGCUAACUAUUUUCCGGGACUUCUGAAGUGGUUGGUGACUCAAAACUUAUUCUCUACAACUAAUUCGAUGCUAGAGAAAAACCCUGUUUACUUCAACGACCAAGACAUCGAAGUCCUCAAGCACAACACCAAAGGCUUCCCAAUGCUCACUAAGGAGAAGUUACGAGAACGCGGCGUUUUCGAGACACUGAGAAGCGAUUUUUUGGUGGCAUUCGGCGACUGGGACUUCGAUCCAGCCGACCUACCUGACCCGUCUCUGUCUGGACCCGAAAAAGGCUCUUCUUCUGUUCACAUAUGGCAAGGCUACGAAGACAAAGUGAUGCCAUUUCAAUUGCAAAGAUGUUUGUGCCGCAAGCUACCAUGGAUUAGGUACCAUGAGGUCCCUAAAGGAGGCCACCUGAUCGUGCAGUACGACGGCGUCUGCGAUAUGAUUUUGAAAUCACUUCUUUUAGGAGAAGAUCUCCCAAUGUACAAACCAAAAGCUGUGAUCAUUGAGCCAGCUUAGAGACUAAUUAGUCACUAUUUUUAAUUUAUUCGUUUUCUUGCUUGAUUCUUUGAUUUUGUUUGACAAAAAUCGAAUUCUCUUAUUUGUAAAAUAUAUAUGUACUUAUGAA